UUGCUUCAACAAACACUGCCGCCGAGCGCCGGUGUGCCGGUGCGCCGCUGCGCUGUAGACAACGAUAAGAUAAGCAGGAAACGGACUGUGUCGCCGAGCACGAUCCUGAAGCGCGAGCAGAAGUGGCUGCGCAUGCUCAACAACUGGGAGGCCUUCAUGAGCAAGAACUACAGGAAGGUGCGCGAGCGCUGUAGGAAAGGCAUCCCGGCGUCGGUGCGUCCGAAGGCGUGGCUGUACCUGUGCGGGGGGCAACUGCUGCUGGAGAAGCAUCCGCACGAGUACGAGGAGCUGCUGCGAGCGCCCGGAGACCCCAAGUGCAUGGACGACAUCCGCAAGGACCUCCACCGCCAGUUCCCCUACCACGAGAUGUUCAUACGGGAGGAGGGCUUGGGGCAACAAGAGCUGUUCUCCGUGCUAAAAGCGUACUCGGUGCUGAACCCGAAGGUGGGCUACUUCCAGGCGCAGGCGCCGGUGGCGGCCUUCCUCCUCAUGCACAUGCCGGCCGUGCAAGCCUUCUGGUGCCUCGUCAGCAUCAGCGACAAGUAUCUCAGCGGCUAUUACAACCCCGGGCUGGAGGUGCUGCAGCGCGACGGCGACAUCCUGCAGGCGUUGCUGCGGCGCACGGCCCCGGCCGUGCAUCGGCACCUGGCGCGCCACAAGGUGGAGCCGGUGCUGUACGCCACCGAGUGGUUCCUGUGCGCGCUCACCCGCACGCUGCCCUGGGACAGUUUGCUACGCGUGUGGGACUGCUUCCUGUGCGAGGGCGUUAAGGUGCUAUUCAAGGCGGCGCUGGUGAUCCUGGCGGGCGCGCUGGGGGACGCGGGCGCGCGGCGGCGGGCGGCCGGCCUGUGCGAGACGCUGCAGCUGCUGCGCCAGCCGCCGCCGCACGUGCUGGCGGAGGGCUACCUGCUGGCGCGCAUGCAGCGCCUGCCGCUCUCAGAGGACGACUUCGAGCUCGAGCACCAGCGCCAAACCGCGCGCAGGCGGGCGCUGCGAGAGCGCAGCGGCAGCUGA